GACACUGUAAUCUCUGUAGGUCCUCCGAUACCCAAAGUAAAUUGCAAGUCUUGACGAGAACUGGUUGUGUUUGUGUUGGUUCGGCGGUGGUCAGUCCAUCAAAAGUACUUAUUCUGAUCCUCAGAUCAAAUCGCACGGAGGCGAAAUGUAGAUUUGCCGAUGUCUUGGUGCUGUCGGCGCCGCCGAUAGGCACAACCGUGAGAUGGUGUUAGUAGUGUUGGUCGUGUUGGUCGUGUUGGUGACUGUGGUAGAACCCAUGCAGGAAAGAUAUGCGCGAAGCACAAGAAAUUGGGCCAGUUUCUUAUCUAUGUAAUUAGCAGAUGCAAAGCUGGUGCUUUUACGUAAAGAUAUUUCUGUACACCCAACGGUAUAUUUCUCACACAAGAUCUUGAAUUUUCCGCAUCCUGCCAAACUUGGUAUCCUGUGGCAUCAAUCCAUUCAGCUAUACAGAGAAGAUAGAUGAGAGUUAAUCGAUAAAGGUUUACAAGAGUGCAUCUUUGGGGCAAGCUAUUUUUGACACACAGACACAUAUACACAUCAAGAGUAAAUGUAAUUUGCCCAAUGUUGCCGCCCAUUAGCGUAUAAGUCAAGCCCGAAUUCGGACUCAACGACAUAGACGUAUUCUUUCGUCCCCUCCUCAGACCUCUCUACCAACUUGAACUAAAACGACUUACUUUUCUAAAAAAAAUAAAAAUAAAGGUAAGAUAUCUUUUUCAAGACUCUCGCGCUAAACGGCCUCUCGUGUUCGUUUGUACUCUUCAAAAUCACCAGUUUGAUGCAAACCGACGUCGAGACGCCAACCGCUGGACCGCCGACGAGAUGGAAACGCCAUGGAAGUCGCUCUCCACGCAGCGGCCGCGGCAUCGACCUCACAGUCCGUAACAAGGAUAUCCGGAGUUCUACCUGACCGCGGCCUCGUUGUCGUUCCCGCCACCGCCUUGUACGUCCUCGGGCCCCACCUGGCCGGCCAACCGAGCGUCCUGCACAGCGGCGCUUCUGCCGCUGUUGCCCCGGCCCGCAAGGCCGCUGUGACCGUUACUCUGGAGAUGACUUAUAGAGCCCUCAUUCGCCUGGACGCAAAUGGCAACUGGGAAGUGGUGGCGGCUUGUGUGCGUGUACAUUUAUUCUUCUGUUGA